AUGAAUUUUAAAACCACGCUUUACAAAACACAACUGUGUUCCUUUUACGCGAAGGGAAUCUGUGCUAGAGGGAACAAGUGUAGUUGGGCUCAUGGUGAGUUGGACGUCAGACCCAUGCCCAAAUUUUACAAGACAAGAAUGUGCUAUACAUUUUUAUCAGGCAGUUAUUGUGAAGCAUCAAAAUGCACAUUUGCGCACACAGAGGAAGAACUGCGAGGAUCCGGAAAGGCUCUUAGAUUAUGCACCAAAUACUUCUUAGAUGGAUACUGCGCCAAGGCGGACAAAUGUCCAAUGGCCCACAACAUAAACCAGCUGGACCCCUCCGUGAAGUUUUCUAGCAGUGAAUUAAUGAACAGAAUGUAUAAUGAUGAGGGGGAUGUCGAGGAGGAAGGAGACGAGCCCAUGUUUUAUAAACGAAAAUCUAAUAAGAAGAGAGACGAAAGGGAGAGCAACGAUGGGGACAAAUGCAAUGCUAACAUCAACGGAGGAGAACCCCUCAAUGGGAAGAGCAACAUGUAUAACGUGAAGGACCAGGAGGAAACUGCCCCUGAUAAGAAUAGAACCCGCUAUGCAGGAAUGAGCCAUUUGGAAGAAGCUGCAGAAGACGCACCGUGUUCGCAUGCAAAGACUUUUAACUUUUUAAAAAGUCAUGCGAAGAAGACGUACAGUGAGUAUCUGCUCGAGGGGAGUGGGAAAGCCGAGAGAGAUGGCCAAAAAGGCGGAGCCACGAAAGGAGAAAAAUUUGCCAACGUGGAAUUUACCCCAAAUGGAGAAUUCGUUCAGAGCGGACAAUAUGCACAAAUGGGAGAUCAGGUCUCAUGCAGGGAGUUCACCUAUGAUGAUAAUAAUUUUGUACCUCAGGGGGAGGAUGUCCCUUCGAAGUUCUUUACGUACAGGUUCAACGGCGUGGACGCGAUGAGUGGAGUUGACGCGGCGUGUGGGGACCACCUGGGCAAAGCGAAGCUGUCCAGUGAAUAUGAACAAAAUGGAUUUCCCCCCGCAGAAAAUGUGUUCCUCCCUAGCACGAAUCAUUUUAUUAACAGCUUUGGGAGCAUGAACAAAUUAGACAAAGGCAGUGUGCACGCGAAUGUGGAUGAGAACGUGAACUCGAACGUGCAUGCGAACGUGCAACUUGCGAUGCUGAAUGAAAUGGACAGUUAUAAUCACCUGAACGUACAGGCGGAAAACUACUUUUUCAACAACAUAAAAAAAAAAAAAGAGUACCCAGAGAACUCCUUUUUUGAUUCAAAUACCACUACAUAUGAACAUGUGAGGGGUGGAUCGAAUUUUUACAGUGACGGUAUGAUGUGUUUGAAUAGGACUAAGGAGAAUAUAAACAACUGUUAUGAUAUGGGAUUGCGUUUUAAUUACAAUGGUUCCCUUGGCGUGCAGAACGAGGACUUUGGUCAGGGCGGCGGCUUCAACUUGAUGAAUGGGCAGGACAGCUUCAACUGUAAAGUGAUGAACGGGGAAGACAGCUUUAACCGCUUCAGCCUGGAGAGCCUGAUUCAGAAUAUGAACAACCUGAGCCUGGGCAAGAAGCAGAUGCCCACGCUGCCCCUGGUGAAAACAGUCAAUGGGGAGAGCGCCUCGGACGGUGAGCCGGAGGAACUAAAAGACACAAAGGAGGGCGAAAUGGGGUCGCAAGGAGAUAUGCACACGGGGGAAGAUACCCACUCGGAGGAGGAGGACCACUCCGGGGACAACAAACCGACCGUCACAAAAGCGAAGCACCUUUCCCCCGAGGAAGAACAAAUAUACAAAGGUCCCUCCUUCCCCAACAAGAUGGAAAAUGAUCAAUUUAAGAUGCUUUUUUUAAGUGAAAAAUUUCCAAACCACGCGAAUCAGCUAAAUGGCUACUCAGGGAAGGGGUACAACGGAGUUGGUGAAGUCACUUACACCGACUUGACUGAGAACGGAGUGGCCAACCUGUGCAGCGUGAGAGACGUACAAACGACCAUCACCCAUUUGUACAAUCACCACAACGGCACGCCGAACGGCACCCCGGAAAGCAGCCAUGUAAGUGGCAGCCGUGGAAGUGGAAGCCAUGCAAGUGGCCGUAGCGCCCACAACCAAAUGAUGGACUCCCAGUAUGACUUGAGCAGCAUGUACAGAAAGUUAAAUGCACAGAGGAGCCUAACCGGAGUGAAGACUCUCCAGCAGGAAAGUAUCAACCACAGUGUUGCAAAUGUGUUCAGUGGUCAACACUACCCUAGUGCAAAUAAUGGGUUCCCCCGCGAAAGAGGAGCUGAAAAAAAAAUGGAAAAUUAUGACCUUCAGGGAAAGAAGCAUUUUUUAAACUACAUGGGGGGUAAUGGAAUGGAGAGCGGUGGCACUUCAAGUGGACACACACACAUGGGCAAAGUCAGCGAAAAGGACGGAGGUGCCCGAGUGCCCCUCGAUGGCGUGUUCCUAACCAAUGCAAGUCAACUCCCGCGUGGCCAUCAUGGUAGCAUUAUGAGCGGUAGUGGUGGAAGUCGCGGCAGUCACGGAAGUCACGACGGGAGCGGAAACGACACCGUGAUGAAGAAUAUUCUGAUGGGGAAGACAAACCUUUACUGCACCCCCAAUUGCAGUGGCGUGAAUGGAGAUGGCAUAGAAAACAGCAGCAGGUAUAACUCAAGGGAAGAAAGGAAUAUCACCAAGGUUGACCCAUCAGGUCAAUUGGGCCAAACAAAGAAUCUGCACGACAUGCUCAUGAACGACUGCACGAAUGGUAUGUCUAGCUAUGAGGUAGGUGAUUUUUUUUUCCUCAAAAAUGCGCGCCACCUGAAUGGCUUGACUUACCUGCAUGAGGAAAAUGCUCUACAAGGUACUACGAACAAUUUUGCAGACAAGAUGAAUUUGGUUAACAUGUGUGAGGUGAACUACGGUAGCUUGAGGGACUCCGGGGUAGGGUUCACUAGGCCAACACAGCAAAGGGUGGUUGUUGAAGGUGGCCUGCUAAAUGGGGGCAAUCACUAUGGAGCGUGCGGAGGGGGGAUACAAGGCCAGUACCAGAACCGCGGUUACGAGAAUGACUACUCUAAUCAUGCGGAAUACUCACACGUAGGUGUGUACACUCAGCCGAACCAUCUGAUAGGCAUGCAGAGGAACAACGACCUCGUGAACAUGCAGCGGAACAAUGACCUCGUGAACACGCAGAGGAACAGCGACCACCUCGUGAACAUGCAGAGGAACAACGACCUCGUGAACACGCAGAGAAACAACUCCCCCCUGAACCCACACAUGCAUUCAUACGAAAUGGUCCACAAGAGUGAUGGCAGCUUUAGCAACUAUGUGCACAACGCUAGUAGGGAAGUGGCGAAGAUCGGGCAAACCAAUUCAGUGACCGAGAAGGGGAGACGGGGAUAG